AGGCUCAUUCUGGUAUGAUCUCUGAGUCAACUCUCCAACACAAUCUCGGAGACCUCGUGCUCUUUGUCCAUGCUCGUUCCCGGGUAGCAUUGUUCCCAUCUCCCCUCGCCGAGAGGGACCGACGAUUAUGGCUCACCCAUCGAGCUCCACGUCCCACGACGUGCCUCUUCAGACUCUCUCGUCCGGCGGGGAUCAUGAGGAGCUCAACCCGGGUACCGCCAGCAAGUCCGAGGAAGCACCGGGGCCUGGUCCGGCCGCCUCACACUUCGUCACCUCCUCGCCGCCCCUGAGCCCCAAGAAUCCUCUCGCCCACCUCAAAGCGCGCCUCCCGCUCUUCGGCAGCCGCCACGGAAACGACAAUGCCCGCUCCGACUCGGGCUCGGAAUACGAGCUCCUGCUCGACCCGAAUCUUCCCGCCGACUACUCGCAACGCCACCAAGCCCUCCCGCGGCACUCCCUCUCCACCACCGACCCCCAUCACCAUGAUCACCCGCUCAAACCCCUGCCCGGCGCCGGCUCCCACUCUAGCUCAGACCACGAUCCGCUUGUGCAAUCCGCCGCCGAGUUCGAGUUCGACUCGGAACUCGAGCUCGAACUAGACUCGGACGCCGAGGCCGAAGAGGUCGAGGACUCGCCCUACCCGGAGGUCCGCGCGGCCGUGCCGCCCUUCGACGACCCGACGCUGCCGUGCAACACGCUGCGCGCCUGGACCAUCGGCCUGGCCCUCAUCUUCCUCGGCGCCAGCAUGAACACGCUCUUCUCGCUGCGCUCGCCCAACAUCAGCCUCGGCGCCCUGAUCGCCCAGGUCAUCGCCUGGCCGCUGGGCCGCUGCUGGGCGCGCUUCGUGCCGGACUGGGAGCUCCGCUUCGGGAGGUUGCCGUGGUGGGGUAGAGGAGCCCGGGACGGGAGGGGCAAGGGGGAGCUGGGCGGCUGGUCGGUGAGGCUGAACCCCGGGCCGUUCAAUAUCAAGGAGCAUGCGGUCAUCGUGGUUAUGGCGAGCGUGUCGUUUUCGGUGGCGUAUGCGACGGAUAUCAUCUUGGCGCAGAAGGUGUUCUAUAAGCAGGACUUUGGCGUCCUGUGGCAACUGCUUCUGGUGGUUUCGACGCAGAGCCUGGGGUACGGCAUUGCCGGCAUGAUGAGGCGCUUCUUGGUGUAUCCCGCCUCAAUGAUCUGGCCCGGCAAUCUCGUGUCGGUGACGCUCAUGAACGCCAUGUACGAGAGCAGCGAUGACCGAGACCCGACCGUCAUCGGCGGCUCCAUGCCGCGCUAUCGCUGGUUUGCCCUGGUCACGCUCGGCGCCUUCGUCUACUACUUCAUCCCGGGCUUUUUGGCGCAGUUCCUGAGCUCCUUCGCCUUCGUGACAUGGCUCGCACCCGACAGCCCUAUUGUGAACCAGCUGUUUGGGUUCUCCACCGGCCUGUCCCUGCUGCCCAUCACCUUUGACUGGACGCAGAUCUCCGGCUUCGUCGGCUCGCCCCUGAUUCCGCCCUGGCACGCCAUUGCCAACACCAUGGUCGGCGUCGUGCUGUUCUUCGUGAUCCUGGCCUCCGUGCUGCACUACAGCGGCGCCUGGUACUCGCAGUACCUCCCCAUGAGCGACUCCAACACGUACGACAACACGGGCCGGCAAUACAACGUGUCGCGCAUUCUCUCGGCCGAAUACACGCUCGACGUCGAGGCCUACAACAACUACUCCCCUCUGUUUCUUAGCACAACGUUCGCCAUCUCUUACGGUCUCUCGUUUGCCGCCAUCACGUCGCUCAUCGUGUACACGUACCUGCACCAUGGCAAGACCAUCUGGCGGCAGUACAAAAGCAGCACCACUGAGAAGCCCGACAUCCACAUGAAGCUGAUGCGGCGGUACAAGGAGGCCCCGACCUGGUGGUACAUGUCGCUGUUUGUUGUAAUGCUCGCCAUUGGCUUCCUGACUGUGCUCGCCUGGCCGACGAACCUGACCUGGUGGGCCUUCCUGCUGGCCGUGUUUAUCUCGUUUGCCUUCUCGCUGCCAAUCGGCAUCAUCCAGGCGGUCACGAACAACCAGAUCGGUCUGAACGUCCUGACCGAAUUUGUAUAUGGAUACAUCCAGCCAGGCCGGCCCCUGGCUCUCAUGAUCUUCAAAACGUUCGGCUACAUUACCAUGUCGCAGGCUUUGACCUUCGUCUCGGACCUCAAGUUCGGCCACUACAUGAAGAUCCCACCGCGUACCAUGUUCAUGGCGCAGGUCGUGGCCACAACGCUCUCCUGCUUCGUGCAGGUCCUCGUGCUCAACUACGCGCUGCGCACCAUCCCGGACGUCUGUGAGCCCACCCAGUCGGAGCAUUUCACUUGCCCGGGCGGCCGUGUGUUCUUCUCUGCAUCGGUAAUAUGGGGCUUGAUUGGCCCCGCACGCAUCUUCUCGCCGCCACAGAUCUACUCGUCCCUCUUCCUGUUCUUCCUCCUCGGCGCCAUCACCCCGCUCGUCAUCUACCUCCUCGCUCGGCGUCGGCCCAAGUCCUUCCUGCGCUAUGUCAUGGCGCCUGUCAUCUUCGGCGGCGCCGGCGCCAUCCCGCCGGCCACGCCGCUCAACUACCUCAGCUGGGGCAUUGUCGGCUACGUGUUCCAAUACCUAAUAAAGAAGCGCCACUUCGGCUGGUGGCGGCGCCUGAACUUCCUGACGAGCUCCGGGCUGGACCUGGGCCUCGCGCUGAGCACGCUGGUCAUCUUCUUCGCUUUCACCGUGCGCGAGGUGCAGCCGCCUCGCUGGUGGGGGAACGAGGUCGUCAAGGGGACGCUGGAUUAUAAGGGCGAGGCGGUGCAGGUCGUGCUGGGGCCCGGGGAGACGUUCGGGCCGGCGAGUUGGUAGCGGCCUGGGCACAGGGUGGCUCGGAUGGUCGGAU